CGAAAAACACCUCAAUUUCAGGCAAGCUUUUCUUGCCUCUUCACAUUACAACAACACAAUCAGAUUAAUUCAUCCCACAAAUUUUUGAAAAAAAUUAAAUUUGUGGUAAAUAAUUAAUCUGGUUCUUGUUAACAACAAUCUUAAGAAAAUAAAAUAUGGAGAAGAUAGUAAAACUGGCAUCGGAAAACGGGAUAAUGAUAUUCAGCAAGAGCACGUGCUGUCUGUGCUACGCGGUUCAGAUACUGUUCAACGAGCUCGGUGUUCAUCCAUUUGUCCACGAAAUAGACCACGAUCCCGAUGGUAAGGAAAUCGAGAAGGCACUCUUGAGGAUGGGGUCCGGCGGCCCUGUCCCGGCUGUAUUCAUCGGCGGCAAACUCGUCGGCUCCACCAAUGAGGUCAUGUCCCUCCACCUCAGCGGUUCCCUCAUUCCUCUGCUCCGCCCUUAUCUGCAUGCCAUGUCUUGAAACCCUAAAUGGUCGGUGCAUGCAGUUUCAACAUUCAACAUAUAUAUAGCUUAUUUAUAUGUAAUAUUAAAUAAGAUUUGCUCUCAUAAGGUAGUUGUAUGUAUGUAAUUUGAUUAGGUUGUUAUUAUUGUUGUUGUUUAUGAGUAGCUAGCUUUGGAUUUAAUUAAGCAUGUAGCUAAAUUAAUUAGCCAUUUGUCAGGGAAUUAUUGGCUAUUGAUCGAAGAAUGUAUUCUACUACUUGCUUUUUCUUAUUAAAUGGAAGUUAGUUUUAUUACUUU